CCAGCACUGUAGUAUCACGGGUGCGGCACCUGUCUGAUUCCUGUAACCCCCGAGGCGUGACUCUGGGCUCCGCGUCCUGGGAUACAAUGGCCCGUCCAAUCACAUUGCGCCUUUCCGUUGCAAGAGGCUGAGUGAUAGGGAUUCUGGCCAAUUACAGCUACUGACUCCAACACAAACGUGUGCGCCGCCCGAGGGCUCUGCCUGUGAGUGAGACAGUAAGUUGUGGCAUAUACUCGGGCCCCUGAGCUGCUCCUCACUCUCUCCCCAGCUAUUCCCGGCUCAGAGUGUAGGUGCUGCUGAUUUGUGAAUGUUGAGUCGGGGGCUGAGUCGUGGAGCUGUCGCCGUGUCCAUCACUGCCGCUAUAGCCGCCGUAGGCAGCUUCCUGUAUUCCCGCUGGUUCCGCCCCCUCGGCUCCUCCUCCUGCGCACAUUCAAUGGCGGCUCAUGUCAAGGCCCUCACCUCCCCAUACCCAGGCUCCCAGGUGCAGCGCACCCCUGUACCCCCAGAGAAGAUCUGCUGGCAAGUGGAUUGGCCGGAAUAUGAUCCUGUGGAUUACACCGCCCCCUACGUACUGACCAAUCCCCCAUGGGCAGAUCCACCAUUGGGGAGUGAGGGAUUCUCCCCCAAAUUCAAUGCCCUUGAUGGUGCCGUGCAGAGACAGAGCCUACAGGACACAUAUAGCGUGGAGAAGGGGGUCCCCAGGAACCCUGUGGGACGGACUGGGGUUAAAGGAAGGGGACUGCUGGGGAGAUGGGGACCCAAUCAUGCGGCCGACCCAAUUAUAACAAGGUGGAAACAGGACUCUGAUGGGCGCCGAGUGACAGACGUGAACACUGGGAAGCCCAUUCUGCAGUUUGUCGCUAUACAGAGAAAAGACUGUGGCCAGUGGGCCAUCCCCGGUGGCAUGGUGGAUCCGGGGGAGCUGGUGACGGCCACACUGCGCAGGGAGUUCUGCGAGGAGGCGCUCAAUUCACUGGAGGGUACAGGGGAUCAAACCGAAAAUGAGAAGAAAAUCCAGGAGCUUUUCUCCCAGGAGCAUUUGCUGAUAUACAAGGGGUAUGUGGAUGACCCGCGGAACACAGACAACUCAUGGAUGGAGACCCAGGCUGUGAAUUACCAUGAUGAGACAGGGCACCUCCUGAAUCAGCUGCGCUUGGAAGCCGGGGACGAUGCAGGGAAGGUUCAGUGGGUGGAUGUGAGUAGUGAGUGCAGUCUGUAUGCCAACCAUGCCAGCUUCAUCCUCAUCCUGGCACACAAGAGGGGGGCACACUGGUAAUAAAGCCCUGGUACAUGAGCGAGCCCCAGUGGAACGAGUCCUGGCAGUGAGGAUACUGGCAGUUGCUGCACAUACACCUGUUACAUGGGUGGUACUGCCCCCUGGGGACCUAGCGCCCCCCUAUGUACUGAGAGACUGUCCCUUCCCCUGUAAUGUACAAUAAAGUCAUAUCCUGCUGUUA